AAAUACCCUUCUUGUUUUAGCUACAACAGAAAGCACUGCUGCUAAAAUUGGAGAAAAUACUCUUUAUUCUUAUCUCAUUAUAGAUGAAAUUUCUAUAGUUGGUCAAAAACUCUUUAUUCAGCUUCAUACUUUUAUGAAAAAAGUAAAAGCAACAGAUGAUGAUACCUUUUUUACUGAAAUUAAUAUUUUGUUUGCUAGUGAUUUUAUGCAAUUACCUCUGGUUUUAGACUUUGCCUUAUAUGUAUCAGACAGAUUCACUCAUAUGUCUACUCAAUUUAAUACACAGUCUAUAACCAAAUAUCAAA